AUGGCUGGAAGCCUUCGAGACAGGGCGCAUAAGCCAUCCACAAGGCCACGUGCCUUUGACGACUCUGAUGACGACGAUGCCGGUCUCCUCGCUUCCUCGUCGAGCCGACACGAGGAAGAGAUUGUCUCGUUCGGUCGCGAUGGCGCCAAGGGUCGUGGAGCCUCGCCCGUGUCGGAUGCCCCACGAGUAAUUCCUGUCACGUCCAAUCUCGAUUGGCGACAGGAUCGCAAAGAGCGUCUGGGCCGUGCAUCCAAUCUUCAAGCUUUGGGCCCUCUGGUGUCGAUGCGUCGUGCUGGUGCUUCGGCUGUGCCUGGUCUCGCUUCAAGCUCCUCCACCAACGAUGAUAUCAACAUUGACGCUAUCAAUACGGAAGCCCAAAAAAGAGGACUUAAGCUCCGAAGCUCGAAAGUUACUCGGGCCGACGACACGCCGCAACAACUCUCGGGUGAUGUGUUCGAUGAGCAGACUGCCGAUGCAUCGGCUGUUCCGAAGGCUAGUGCAGACGUAGCAGGCGAAGAUGCGGAAGCAAUCAAAGCUCUUCUGGCAGGUCAAGGCAACGACAGCGCAGGCACAGGCGGCCAGCUGAUCAUCCAUCAAGAAACCGAGUCAGAGCUUCUCCAACACGACAUCGAUUCGCGCCCGGAAGCACCGACACUCGAUGACUAUGCAGCCACACCCAUCGAUCAAUUUGGUAUGGCGCUUCUCCGCGGUAUGGGAUGGAAAGAGGGGAUGGGUGCAGGCAAAGGCGGAAAGGGACCGCAGCAGGCAGCCGAACCCAGAAAACGUGCAGCGUUGCUCGGCCUCGGCGCCAAGGAAAGGCCAACAGGGCCGCUGAACCUGUCCAAACCAUCCUCCUCGUCAGGUAAUCUCCAACCCAAAGACAAGCGCGACUAUAAGUAUGUUCCUGUCUCCAAGAGCGAUCCUCGGGACUAUUCAAAUGGUCGCUCACCAUCGUCCGACCAUCAGCCACGCGAGAAGAGACCCUCAAAAUCCCACUCCACCGAUUUACCCUCGUCGCAUGAUUCUCGCCGCGGGGAUAGAGAUGAUCGACACGCGCGCCAUUCGCGCACUUCACAUCGACAGCGCUCUAGGAGUCCUACGAGAAGUGGAGUACACGAUCGAGAUCGCCGUCAUGAACGCCGAAGGGAUGGCAGGGAUCCAGAGCGACGCUCUCAUCCGUCGUCCAGGUCGGAUCGCGAUCGCAGGUCUGAAUGUGAUCGAGAUGAAAGGCGGAGUAGCGGCCACCGGCGCUGA